CUUUAGAUAAUCCUUCUCUGAUACAGUUGUUCUGAGUUUGACCUCGAAAAUGCCUCUUAUUUACCAUCAUGCCAUUGUCUUCUUCACUGUGUUGUGGCUGUGGCUUGUGGCUGAGGGGGCUCUGGUACAGCAACAGCCCUUGGUGCUCAAGUACCACAACGGUGAGCUCCUGAAGGGGAAGAUCACCGUUAAUCUUGUCUGGUAUGGAACCUUCACUCCCAUCCAACGGUCCAUAAUCGUGGACUUCAUAGAAUCCUUAAACUCCCCGAAGGCUCCACUUCCUUCGGCGGCCACAUGGUGGGGCACCACCGGGAAGUACAAGGGCGGAUCCUCUGCUCUCGUCGUAGGGAAGCAAUACCUCCACGAGACGUACUCUCUUGGUAAGUUCCUCAGGUCGAGGCACUUGAUCGCGUUGGCGUCCAAGUUCAACGAGCUUGACUCUAUCACCGUCGUCCUCACUGCCAAGGAUGUUGCCGUCGACGGGUUCUGCGUCAGUCGAUGUGGUACUCACGGGGCGAUCCGACCUGUGGGAGGUAAGCCUCGCAGAGCUUUUGUCUGGGUUGGGAAUCCCGAGACUCACUGUCCAGGUCAAUGCGCGUGGCCAUUCCACCAGCCCAUGUAUGGCCCGCAGACUCCGCCGUUGGUGGCGCCGAACGGUGACGUCGGUGUUGACGGAAUGAUCAUUAACUUGGCCACCUUGCUGGCCGGCACCGUGACGAACCCCUUCAACAAUGGCUACUUCCAGGGUCCACCUACGGCGCCGCUCGAGGCUGUAUCGGCUUGUACUGGGACUUUCGGGAGCGGCUCGUAUCCCGGAUAUCCGGGCCGGGCUCUGGUAGACAAGACAACCGGGGCGAGCUACAAUGCACACGGCGCGAACGGCCGGAAGUAUUUGCUUCCGGCGAUGUGGGACCCUCAGAGCUCGGCGUGCAAGACUCUGGUUUGAGCUGACGAGGACGAUGAUGGCUAACUUUACACGUGGCGGAAUCUGAUGGAGCGGGUGUAGAUAUGGAUGGGUAGGGACGGAUGCAGGGGAUGAUGAUGUUACGAA